GGUCUCAUCCUGCUCUUCUACCUGGUCUUCUACCUGUUCCUGGCCGGGAUGUUCGCUCUGACCAUGUACAUCAUGCUGCUGACGCUCGACGACUACAAACCCACCUGGCAGGACCGCCUGGCCACUCCAGGGAUGAUGAUUCGUCCGAAGGGCGAUCAGCUGGAGAUCAGCUUCUCGGUGUCAAACACGGAGAGCUGGGACGGUUUCAUCCAGAACCUCAACAACUUCCUGUCUCCGUACAACGACAGCUAUCAGGUUCAGACUAAUGAUAACUGCACCCCGGAUCAAUACUUCAUUCAAGAGGACAGCGGAGAGGUGCGGAACAAUCCCAAGCGUUCCUGUCAGUUUAACCGGACCAUGCUGGAGGACUGUUCUGGGAUUUCGGAUCGUUUCUAUGGUUACAGCCGGGGACAGCCCUGCGUCCUCAUCAAGCUCAACCGGGUCAUCGGCAUGUUGCCGGGAAAGGACCGUCAGUCUCCGUACGUCACCUGUGGAGCCAAGAAGGAGGACAGUGAUAAGAUCGGACCUCUGGUUUAUUUUCCUCCAAACGGAACCUUCAACCUCAUGUAUUACCCGUACUACGGCAAGAAGGCUCAGGUGAACUACACUCAGCCGCUGGUGGCCGUGAAGUUCCUGAACGCGUCACUAAACGCCGACAUCAACGUCGAGUGUAAGAUCAACUCCAACACGAUCGCCAUCAGCAGCGAGCGCGACAAGUUCGCCGGACGGAUUUCCUUCAAGCUACGAAUCGACAAAUAA